AAUGAAGAAGAAAUAGCAGAGUAAGGGGAAGGAUUAGGUGUUUCGCAGCCGCAAACACACAUUCACGCCUCACCAACCACACACACCCACCAAUGCCCAUGGCGCUGUUUACAACCACCGCCACCACCCCCUUACUCCUUCCACCUCCUUCUUCUUCCUCUUCCGUCAACAAGUCUUCAUCUUUCCACAACUUUCGAGUACCCUUUACCGUCCAUUGCUGCUCUCUCUCUCCAAUUCCACUUUCCCAUCGCUUCCACUCCCUCCGUGUUCGUAUGGCCCCCGAAGAGGAGAAGAUGACUCGCCGUUCCCCUCUCGAUUUCCCUAUUGAAUGGGAAAGGCCUAAGCCAGGACGAAGACCGGAUAUAUUCCCUCAAUUUAGUCCGAUGAAGACACCAUUGCCACCUCCAUUGCCUGCGGAUCCACCCGAAGAGGACGAGGAAGAGGAGGAAGAAAAGAAAGAGGAACCAGAGGAAGAUCCUGAUAAGGAGGAGACAGAUGAGCCAAAACAGCAAUAAUGGAGCGAGAAGAUUGAAUUGUUGUGAUAUCUCAAUGCCAACUUGCUGCUUGCUACACUUAGCAUAGAUAGAUGAUGGUUAUUUCAUUGUAUCAGGGAUGUGAGAGCUUUUCUUCAAGUUUUGCUAGCUGCCAAUUCUGUUUUAUACCCUGAUAUUAGUUGUAGUUUAUGCAAGUGCUUGUUCUCACAUCAUAUUCUCUCCACAUACAACAAUUUUGUCUGCCUACUAUAAAGUAAUGUUACAUAUGGAUGGGGUAGGGUAAUGAUUUUUGUUUCAA